AAACCCCACACUCAAGAACUUGUAGAGAGAGAAACCAAGAAAAGGAAGAAGAUACAUGGGACCACACUCAAUCCCCUCUUGUUCCAAUAAUGCCGCUUUGACAAAAACAACAUAAACAAUCACAAAGUGUGCUCACUACGGUUUAGAUUCUCCAAAUUUCUCCACCACCACCUAUAAAUCACUCCCAUUCCCUUCCUUCACCACUAAUACAUCCUCUCAAAACCCCCACCUCUGUACCCAGUUCAUAUCAUCACGAUUCCCAUCUCUCGCUCCUCAAUCUUCAUGGAUUUCGAAUUUCAAGAAUCCGACAUAGUUUUCUCCGAUCAAGAUCAAGCAACGAUGGAUCGGAGCAGCGAUGAGGAUGAGCACGAUUACUGCGGUUUUUGCAACACAGUGGUGGCACCGAUUCCCGACAACUCGUGGGCGCUUGGUAAAUCGAAAAAGAAGAACGCCAAGAAGAAGAGGAUGACGAAUUCGCCGCCGGUUGAUAUCCCAGAAACUUACAUCCGGUCCCCUGAAUCCGAUUACGCUUUCGAGGAGGGGGACGACGAAGGAGAGGUCGUGCCGCCGCACUUGAUUGUUGGGUGGCGCAUGGCCGCGAGGAUGGCGUCCUCAGUGUGCUUUAGCCAUGGGAGGACGCUCAAGGGGAGGUAUUUGAAUGAAGUGCGGAAUUCAAUUCUUAAAAUGACAGGCUUUUUGGAGUCAUGAGAAGCUCACUUUUGGAGAUUUCAUUGUCGUUACCUAGCACACAAAAAAUGUCAAAAAAAGGGAAGGAAAAUGUCAAAAAAAAGCAAAAAGUCAUUUUCCAUUUUUCUUCUUUCUCUUCAUCUCCAUUUUCUUGCUGUCUUUUCAGUUUCUUUAUAGAUAGUCAUGCAGUGUAAUGGAAAGGAGAACUUUGGAUUCAAAAUGGGAAAUGUGUAAUUGUGGGUUCCUAUGCAAUUCAUACUACUUCCCUAAAAUUCAUGUACAGACAGCUUCUUGCAUUAAUGGUGGGUUUAAUGUGUAUUGUCUGAAAACCCUACCCGUGCAGCUGUUAUAUGAGGAAGGGAUUUUCUUUAUUGUA